AUUGAAGCUCCGGUCUCCGAACCGCCAUAGCCAUCAACUUAAAUCUCGGAUCUCAAAUUUUCACCUCAAAAUUCUACAGGUGGAGGAAUUCAAUUCUUGAUAAGCUUGGUAUUUGAUUCUUGGGGGUUGACCUUAGCAUGUAGCUCCGCAUGAUGUAUUUCCAUUGACUCCAUUGAUCCAUUUCUAUCAUGGAUCAUUCACGAUCGACCUCUGGAAUGGGUGAGGAUACUAUUGGAAUUCCUGAUGAUUUGCGUUGUAAGAGGUCAGAUGGGAAACAAUGGAGAUGCACUGCCAAGUCUAUGCCUGAUAAAACAGUAUGUGAAAAGCACUACAUCCAAGCAAAAAAGAGGGCUGCCAAUUCCGCACUGAGAGCCAGUCUAAAGAAAGCCAAAAGAAAAUCUUUAGGUGAAAGUGAUAUUUACUUGGAGAGUAAGAGUGAUGAUAUGGAUUUACCACAUGUUAAUGAAAAAAUUGGGGAUUAUCCUGUUUCAGUCUCAGGGAAUAAGUCGAAGGAAAAGGUCCCAAAGAACCAGAAUGAAGAGAAUCGGAGGUCUUACAAGACGCCACCUCCGUCCGCUGUGGAUUCAUGGAAGAGAAGAUCGCAGAAGUUCUUUGACACUAGUCCCAUGACGGAAACUUCAGGUGGAAGUUCAGAUUCUUCUGACAAUAAUGGUGGGCAAACUUGCCAUCAUUGCCAGCGGAAUGACAGAGACAGGGUAAUUUGGUGCCAUAAAUGUGAUAGGAGAGGAUACUGCGAUAGCUGCAUCUCUACUUGGUAUUCUGAAAUGGGAGUAGAAGAGAUCCAAAGGCUUUGUCCUGCAUGUCGUGGUAGUUGUAAUUGCAAGGUGUGCUUACGGGGAGAUAAGUUGGUAAAGGGAAGAAUACGUGAGAUACCUGCCCAAGACAAGCUGCAGUAUUUUUAUUGCCUCUUAUCUUCAGUGCUUCCUGUAGUUAAGCAGAUCCAUCGCGACCAGUGCUUCGAGGUGGAACUUGAGAAAAGGCUUCGAGGAAACGGAAUAGAUCUUUCCAGGACAAAAUUGAAUGCUGAUGAGCAAAUGUGCUGGUACUAUCAAGAACACUUACCGGGUUUUCAUUUGACUCCCAGAUGUAGUAAUUUAAAACUCCUCUUCUUUCGGGAACUACCUGUACACGGUCUUGUUUUUGAGCUUUGGUUUGUCAUAAUAUUCUGAUCAUAAAAUUUGAUAUGUCCUUUUUCUUGAUGGUAAAACCUAAAGGAAAUUUGUGUAUUAUAGAAUUUUGUCUUUGGUAUUUCUGUCUUCUUGAUAGGACAAAGUGAUUGGAGGGUGUAGAAAUGUUGUAUGCACAUAUGAGAUUUAUUUCAAAUUCUGUUUUCUUGCAGUGAUUUCUGUCGGAUAUCAAUCA